UGACAACUCGAACUCUAGUAGCUCAUGAACAACUCCACUUACCCGACCCGACCCGAUUCUCAAACACCCUCCGUCUAAAAACCUCCGGACGUUCCCUAAUUUGAGAGUUUUCUCUUUCCACUUUCCAGCUUCUGCAAACAAGUCUUCAAAAUCAACAAAACCCCCCAAAUUAGGUUAAACAAAACCCUAACUUCCACAUUUCUCUAUCAAAUUCCCCCAAUUUCACAUGAAAGCUCCAAAUCGCAACAGAAAAUGAUCGUCAGAACAUACGGUCGCCGGAGCAACAACAGCCGGAGCACUAACAGCAACAGCAACAGCUUCAAUUUCGACGAUUCAGACGAAUUCACCGACAAUUUAUCUCAAAACAGCACUCACGAGUUCAAUUUCCCGUUUACAUCUCAAGAAUCAACCAAAAAUACGUUGAAUUUCGAUUCCUUUGAUUCUGAUCCGUACAGUUUCGAUUCGUGUGAAGAUUAUUCAGGUAAAUUGACGGUUAUACCCCCGAGAUCGAAGAAAUUGAAGACUGAAAAGAGUAAGGAUAAGAAGGUGAAGAAGGAGACGAAGCAGUUAGUGGUGUUGACUGAAACGACGACGUUGAUGGAGGCUCAGGAGUAUGGAGAAAUGAUGGAGCAUGUUGAUGAGGUGGAUUUUGGUUUGGAUGGGUUGAGGAGAGGGCAGCCGGUGCGGAUACGGCGGGUGAGUUUGUUGUCGUUGUUGACGGUUUGCGGGAGUUUAUCGCAGCGGAGACUCGUGAGAACCCAUGGGAUGGCAAAGACAAUCAUUGAUGCUGUAUUGAACCUGAAUCUUGAUGAUACCCCUAGUAACCUUGCUGCUGCGGCUUUAUUUUUUGUUUUGACAAGCGAUGGCCAAGAAGAUUACCUUUUGGAUUCACCUAGUGCCAUACGGUUCUUGUUAAAACUAUUGAAACCUGUAACUACAAUUGUUACUAAAAAUAAAGGUUCAACCCUUGGUAGUAAACUUGUAGCCCUAAGCAAAGAUGCUUCCAUUUUUAAUGAUGGAAAGGCAGACGAAGCGUCUUCCGCCGCUAUAUUGCAAAAAGUUGAGGACAUUCUUGUGAGCUGCAAAGAAUUGAAGCCAAGAGUUGAAAGUGACAGUGACAUGAAAAGGCCCGAGUUGAAUCCAAAAUGGAUUGCUUUACUAACAAUGGAGAAAGCCUGUUUAUCCACCGUUUCUCUUGAAGAGACAACUGGGACUGUUAGAAAGAUAGGGGGCAACUUCAAGGAAAAACUAAGAGAGCACGGGGGACUAGAUGCUGUUAUUGACAUCAUACGGGAAUGUCACGGUGUCAUGGAGGGUUGGCUAGAACGUUAUUCAUCUCAGACUCCGGAGUCGAAAAACAUUAUCAACCUAGAAAACCCAAUGCUUCUAUUGAAGUGUUUGAAAAUCAUGGAAAAUGCUACUUUUCUUAGUAGCGAUAACCAGAACCAUUUGCUUGGAGCAGAGGAUGACGACUAUGAUUAUCGACAUGUUUCUCAGUCUUUCACGAAACUUAUUCUUAGCGCCAUUAAGAUCCUCUCUGGUGUUUCUCUACUAAAAAAAUCUUCAUGCAAAUCUGACAUUAGGAAUGGAAACAAUGGGACUGUUCAUACCUCUGAUCUUCCAUUACUGGCUGAUGAAAAAGCAGCUGAUGACUGCAAUGAGAUCAUAUAUAUCAGUUCCUCCAUAGAGAAUUGCAGUAUGGACCAGGUCCCUUCCCAGAAGACUUCUAAUAUUUUAAAGAAAAACCAUAUUUCAUCGCAAAAUCAGCCAGAUUCUUCAAAAUCUGAUCCUGUUUCUAGGUUCAGUAGUCACUUGCUAAAGAAACAAUCUAAAUCUUCAACUUCUCGAUCAAGCAGUGGCCCAUCGAGUGGUUGUGGUUCACUAAGAAAAGUAGGUAAAAGUUCUGGAACUAGUCUACACAACAAGUUUGACUUUGAGGAAAGUCAAGAUCCUUUUGGCAGCGAUGACCCUUUUGCAUUUGAUGAUGAUGAAGAAGAAGAACCAACUAAGUGGUGGGAUUUAAUGUCCACUAAGAAUAAUGUUUCUGAAAGUCAAAAAAGCAGUUCAGUAGUUGAAAAGGAUGGAGACCAACAGUCAAAGUUUGACUUAACGGUAUGUAGUCAACAAGAGUCCAGCAACGUGGAACGCAAUGAUUCUCCUCCAGCUUCGUGUUCACAUGUGGAUGAUGUUGAAACUUUUAAUCUUUUUGCCGAUUGCCUCCUCUCAGCAGUGAAGGUUUUAAUGAACUUAACAAAUGAAAAUUCUGUGGGGUGUCAACAAAUUGCUGCAUGUGGAGGAUUGGAGAUGAUGUGUGGUUUGAUAGUUGGCCAUUAUCCAUCGUUUAAUUCAUAUUUACCCAAUUUCGGUGAUCAAAAAGAGAAAUCAGUCCUUCACGAGGUUGACAGUAACAAUAAUAAGCGCCUUAAUGACCAAGAAUUGGAUUUUCUUGUUGCUAUACUUGGAUUACUUGUUAAUUUGGUCGAGAAAGAUGGGCAUAACAGAUCACAUCUUGCAGCGGCCAGUAUAUCGAUACCUAGCAUGGAGUAUGAAAUAACGGAUGUAAUUCCGCUACUUUGUUCUAUAUUUUUGGCAAAUCAAGGGGCCGGUGAGGCAGCUGAAGGACGGCAAUCAUCUUGGAAUGAUGAAGAUCCUGUUUUGGAGGGAGAGAAAGAGGCAGAGAAAACAAUUGUUGAGGCGUAUUCCGCCCUUCUUCUUGCAUUUUUAUCUACAGAAAGUAAAAGCAUACGCAAUGCCAUUGCGGAAUGUCUUCCAAAACGCAAGCUGUCUGUUCUUGUACCUGUCUUGGAGAGAUUUGUGGAAUUUCACAUGUCAUUGAACAUGAUCUCAGAGGAGACUCAUUCCAUGGUGCUUGAGGUAAUUGAAUCAUGUAGGAUGCAAUGAGUGAUGUAUGAAAAGUAGAAUGAUUGAUGUUCAUCAAUGGACAUCUUGUACAGCCUUAACUUUCCUCUUCAAGAGGAAUGAGAUAGGAUCAUGUUAUAGUCUUAUUAACCACACUCACCACCAUUAUAUAUUUCUUCUAUUUUAUUUCAUAUUAUUAUCAAA